AUGUUGUAUGCAGCAAGAACUAUCAUGCCUCUUUGCAUCGUUUCUGUAGCCAGUGAAAUGGGAUGGGACAAGACAGAAUCAGGAACAGUCCUGUCAGCAUUUUUCUGGGGUUAUACGAUGACACAGUUUUUGGGUGGUUAUUUGAGUGAUAGAGUUGGAGGUGAUGUAGUGCUGCCUAUAGCUGCCUGCAUGUGGUCACUGAUUACAUUCUGGACACCACAGUUUGCCUAUUUGUCCACUGACAAGCAUACAUCCCUGUACAUCAUUGUUUUGUCUAGAGUUUGUCUGGGAAUAUGCCAAGGUUUUCAUUAUCCAGGACUGACUAGCAUCAUAUCUAGGAAAGUUUUAGAGCAUCAGAGAUCUUUCACAUAUAGCAUUGUCUCAUCAGGGUCCUAUGUUGGGACACUUUUUACCGGCGGCAUGGGUUCGAUCAUGCUGGAUCAUUACAGCUGGCCAGUGCCUUUUUAUAUAAUUGGUCUGUGUGGCAUUACUUGGAUGCUUGUCAUGCGAUACAUGUUGAUAGCCAGACACCGCGAAAAACUGGUGCUGGCCUCAUUAGGUGAAGCACCAUUAAUAGAUUCCAGCAAAGUGAAACCGGAGCCAAAGUCAGCAGUGCCAUGGGUGACUCUCUUCACAAAACCAGCAUUUUGGUCAUUAUUGGUUGGUCAUUUCUGUGAAAAUAAUGCAUUCUACAUUCUGCUGUCAUGGAUGCCAACUUACUUUCAUGAGAACUUUCCAACUGCCAAGGGUUGGGUGUUUAAUGUUGUGCCGUGGGUGGUUACAAUACCAAGCACAAUAGGUGGGGGAUGGCUAGCAGAUAAAAUGAUUACCAAAGGUUACACAGUUACUUUUGUGAGGAAAUUAAUGGAGACUGUGGCAUUGUGUGGGACAGCCUUUUUCCUCUUCGUGAUAUCCUAUGCCAGCAGCUAUUUAUCCUGUUUAAUUUGUAUGGCAUUAGCUGUGGCUUGCUGCGGUUUUCAUAACAGUGGUAUUCUGGUCAACCCCCAAGAUAUAGCACCUAAACAUGCAGGGGCAGUUUUUGGUAUCAUGAAUAUGGCUGGUGCUGUUCCUGGUUUUGUGGGUGUCUACAUUGCUGGGCAUAUUCUGGAAACAACAAAGAGCUGGAAUGCUGUCUUCAGCCAGACAGCUGUUGUCUGCAUGUUUGGAUGGGCAGUAUUCAUAGUUUUUGGAACUGGGAAAAAGAUAGUGUAA